CCCAUGGCCUGCUACGACCUCUGCCGACCCUGCGGACCCACCCCGCUGGCCAACAGCUGCAACGAGCCCUGUGCCCUGCAAUGCCAGGACUCCCGCGUCAUCAUCAACCCUUCCCCUGUGCUGGUCACCCUGCCAGGACCCAUCAUGACCUCCUUCCCCCAGAGCACCGCCGUCGGAUCCACCUCCUCGGCUGCCGUGGGCACUGAGCUCAGUGUGCAGGGACAGCCCAUCUCUGGGGGAUUUGGUGGCUUUGGCUAUGGGCUGGGCUAUGGCCGUGGAUUUGGCUAUGGCCGUGGAUUUGGCUAUGGGCUGGGCUGUGGCUACGGGCUGGGAGGCCUGGGCUGCUAUGGCAGAAGGGGUGGCUACAAUUGCUAAGAUCCUUCAGCAUCACUUCAGACACCAUGCUCCCAGUGUGGGGCAGGAAGUCU